UGGGUGAGUGUGGGCUUGUGGCCGACUCCGCACGUGGGGUCUAAACUUUCCACUCCAACACACCACACAAUGUCGUCACUCUUCUCUUCCUUUCCUUGUCUUCUCUUCUCCCUCCCUCAUCUUAAUUUCUCCUUUCUCCCCUUCUUCUUAUCUUCUUUCCCCCCUUUUCUUUGUUUUUCGAUUACUUACCAACAUAAAACUCCAAUCUUACUCGAUCCCCUCAUACCCUUCAAUUCGUCUCCCAGUAAACAUACAACAUUUUCAAAAAUGUCAUCUCCAAGUAAGAGGAGGGAUAUGGAUGUUAUGAAAUUGAUGAUGAGUGAUUACACGGUGGAGCCAAUAAAUGAUGAAAUCAACAAGUUCAAUGUUGAAUUCCAUGGUCCAAAAGAAAGUCUUUAUGAAGGUGGAGUCUGGAAAGUUCGUGUGGAGCUUCCAGAUGCUUAUCCUUACAAGUCUCCUUCCAUUGGGUUUCUAAACAAAAUAUUCCACCCAAAUGUUGAUGAACUGUCCGGUUCUGUAUGUUUGGAUGUCAUCAACCAGUCAUGGAGUCCAAUGUUUGAUCUUUUAAAUGUCUUUGAGGUUUUCCUCCCUCAACUCUUGCUUUACCCGAAUCCAUCAGAUCCCUUGAAUGGUGAUGCAGCAUCACUGAUGAUGAAGGACAAGAAGCAAUAUGACCAAAAAGUGAAAGAGUAUUGUGAGCGGUACGCAAAGAAGGAAAACAUCAGCACGCAGAAAGAAGAGAGCGAUGAAGAGCUUAGUGAUGAGUAUCUUAGCGGCCAAAGUGAUAGUGAAGAUGAAGUUGCUGGACAUGCAGACCCUUAAUCAAAUGGCGUGGAUUUGAAUAAGAUGUUAUUUCCAUGCCACAGGUUCAUUCAACCCCUUUAUUGUAUUACUAAAUUCUUAUGUAAAUCUAGGACAUGAUCACAGGGGCAUAGUCUUAGUGAAUCAGUUCUUGUUACUUAAGAUAAUCAAAGAUGAACUGUUUUAGAAUGAAAAUGGUAACAGUGUUUAAAUUGUCUGUAACUCUGCCAACUGGAUAUGCAAAGGGUAAUGUAAUUAUCUGACUUUUGUAUUCUACUACCAACUUGCAUUCCAUUUCAUUGAUUCAA